AUGACCAAUGACCAGGACGACCAAAUGUCAAACGAUGUUAUUGACCACUGCGAUAACAUCAUAGACGAAGACGACUUCUCCAUAGUCCCAAGGAACCAUGCUUCCUCCGACAUAGGGCCCGUCUUCCUCGAAGGGGUCCUUCAUGAUAUACCUCCGUCACAAGAUACUGCUCCCUUGAUCAACCAACGCUCUUUGUACUUACAAGAGGACCUGGAGAAACGGCUUUCUUCCAUUAGCUUUACCUUUGAAUUAUCCAAGGAUAUCCUGGCGGAUGGUGAUAAUGCUCCGAGUGCUCUGGGCUACACCCUUUAUGAAUACUGCAAACGUGUCCUUGCAGAACUCAAGGUAGUGGAAUAUAACGGGACGCAGACACGGCAUGUGUGCUAUUCGGCCCCGGGAACCACAAUCCGCGUUCAAUUAUACACACUAAACACCGCGGAGAGGGUUUCGGAAGAAGGCUCCAUCCUCCCACAAGCGGAAAUCAUGCGUCUCCCGAAUGUUAGGUUUAGUGACCGCUGGGAUGAACUUGUCUUUGAAGAGGACCAUAAGAGAGAAGUUAUACGGAUUGUGACCAAUAUCUUGCGAUUUUCUCAGCCCUCCAGUCAGGGGUCGGAUGACGCAGAUAUGAGUCCAAUUAUUAUGCUACAUGGGCCUCCUGGGACCGGUAAGACUAGCCUCUGCGAAGCACUAGCUCAGAAGAUAUCUAUACGCCUUAGCCAAACGUACAAUAUGACAAGCCUGGUACAGAUAAAAAGCGCGACCCUUCUCUCGAAGUACUUUAGCGAGAGUGCGAAAGUCAUCGAAGAGGUCUUUACCAAGUUAGCGCAGAUGUGCCAAGAAAAGCCGGAUGAAUUUCUCUGCGUCUUGAUCGAUGAAGUCGAGAGUCUGGCCAUGUCGCGAGACACCAGUACGCGACAGGGCGAGUGCCAUGAUUCUCUUCGAGCCGUCAAUGCUCUCCUUACUGGUCUUGACAGGACAAAGGGAUAUCGAAAUAUUAUUUUCCUUUGCACUUCUAAUAUGAUUGGGUUUAUCGAGUCGGCUUUCCUCGAUAGAUGCGGACUUCUUCUGGCUAUCAAUCAUCCCUCACCAGCUUCACAAUAUGCGAUCCUGCGUGGGAAAAUUCGGAAGCUGAUUGAUCGAAAGCGUGUUUAUUCCGAAGAAGAUAUUCCUUACUAUGACGAGGCUCUGGUCGACGCGAGGAUUGCUAACGACAAGCCAGGCAGCAAGUUACUGCAAAUUGUCGAGCUUAUCCGCUCAAACAACGAGCAGUCGUCACCUAAUAGAGUGAUGAGUGGCAGAUUACUCGCCCAACUCCCUGGGCAGGCGAUUCUGCGGUACUUGAGACAGGAACAGUGUGAUCUCGACAUGCUUUUCCGCUUCAUGAAGCAAUCCCUCCUUUCGGAGCGAGGCCGGGAUGUUCCAGUGGGUCAAAGUGAGGACGAGGCCGAGUCCCGCCAGCGUAUUGAAGCCGGGAGCAUUGGACGAAAGAGGAAAAUUCAUCUCAUUAUCGAGGAACCCAACGAAGAAGAUUUAGAGGACUGCAAACGAUUUUUAAGGACAAUGAGGCACAAGCAAUAA